CCUUGGCGACCGCCACGGCUCUCCGCAGCAUUAGCAGUUUCACUUUUCCUCUUGGUUGUAAACCAAAAGAGUAGAUAACCCAAAGUCUAAUGCAAAAUGGUAGCAAAUAUGUGCCACCGCAUCUGAGAAAUUCCUCUCGGAACAGUGGUGGCGACGCUCCCUCGAGCAACAAUUACGGCGGUGGCGGAGGCCGCGGUGGAGGCGGCUACGGUGGUCGUGGCGGCGGUGGUGGCUACAACAACAACCGUCGAGCUUCCUACAAUGACAACCGCGGAGGUGGUGGCGGUGGUGGCUAUGGAGACCAACGUCGAUCCAGCUACAACGACGGAGACCAAAAUGGCGGACCACCCCCACAGACGAACAGCCGUUGGGCCAACGUCGACGGUGGCGGCGGUGGAGGAUAUGAUGGCGGAGGCGGCCACCGUGGCUCUUACCAAGGAGGCGGAGGAUAUGGUGGAGGCCGUGGCGGCGGCGGUCGACGAAAUGAACGUGGAUUUCACGGCGAUAUGAAGGAAGAUCCCCGUGUCGAAAAGCAACUGUUCGGACGUGACGACCAUCAAACCACGGGCAUCAACUUUGACAAUUACGACAAAAUUCCCAUUGAAGUUUCUGGAGAAAACGCCCCUGAUCCCAUUGACACUUACUCGGUCGAAACCAUUGGAGAGGAACUCUACAAAAACACCCAGUUGUGUGGAUACACCAGACCAACGCCCGUCCAAAAGUACUCGGUUCCCAUUGGAACACUUGGACGCGAUCUCAUGGCUUGUGCCCAGACGGGAUCUGGAAAGACGGCCGGGUUCUUGUUCCCCAUCAUCAUGUCCAUGUUGAAGAAUGGCGGACGGGAUCCUCCCGACAGUGCGCGUCGUCGCUCGUACCCCGAAGCUCUGGUCUUGGCACCAACCCGUGAGUUGGCACAGCAGAUCCAAGAAGAGGCCAAACGCUUUUGCUAUGCCACUGGCAUUGCCUCGGUCGUCAUUUAUGGCGGGGCUGAAGUCCGUGAACAACUCCGCCAAAUUGAGCGUGGAUGUGACUUGUUGGUAGCCACUCCCGGACGCUUGGUCGAUCUCAUGGAACGUGGACGUCUCGGAAUGGAGAAUAUUCGCUUUAUGGUGUUGGAUGAAGCCGAUCGAAUGUUGGAUAUGGGAUUCGAGCCUCAAAUCCGUAGGAUUGUCGAGGAAGCAGGAAUGCCCCAGGGUGCCGAACGUCAGACAAUGAUGUUCAGUGCCACCUUCCCGUCCAAUAUUCAGCGUCUUGCCAGUGACUUUAUGCGGGAUUAUGUGUUCUUGACGGUCGGACGUGUCGGUUCGGCGUCAAAGGAUGUCACCCAAACCAUUGAAUAUGUGGAAGAGCAAGACAAGCUAGAGACGCUCAUGCGGUUCUUGCUGACCAUCGAAGAAGGACUCAUCCUCAUUUUUGUCGAAACCAAGCGUUCCUGUGACUAUGUGGAAGAUAUUCUCUGUCAGCGUGGAUUCCCCGCUUGUUCGAUUCAUGGAGACAAGAGCCAGAGAGAACGUGAAGAGGCGCUUCGUGCCUUCAAGAGAGCUGUUACCCCCGUCAUGGUGGCGACGGAUGUCGCCAGUCGCGGUCUCGACAUUCCCAAUGUGACUCAGGUCGUUAACUAUGAUUUGCCAACCAAUAUUGACGACUACGUGCAUCGAAUCGGUCGUACAGGCCGUGCGGGUAACACAGGUUCUGCCUUGGCAUUUGUGAACGAGAAGAAUAGUGGUAUUAUUAGAGAGCUCCGUGAGCUACUGGAGGAGAAUGAACAAGAAUCCCCCCCUUGGCUCAAUCAAAUGUGUUCCUUUUCUGGUGGUCGCAGCUCUGGCCGUGGCGGUCGAGGCCGAAACUCUGGAAGUAACUUUGGAUCCAGAGAUGUCCGAUAUUCUAACCGCGGAGGAAACCAAGGAGGCGGCGGCGGUCGAGGAGGUGGAGGCGGCUUUGGUGGCGGUGGCUACGGAGGAGGUGGCUACGGCGGAGGAGGCGGCUUUGGUGGCGGAGGCUACGGCGGCGGUGGAGGUGGCUAUGGUGGUGGUGGCGGCGGCGGCACUUUUGGAGGUGGUGCAUGGUAGACAUCCUUUACGAAAUCAAAUCUUCCGCAUUUGCAAUCCAUGGAAACGACAAUCUGCCCACCAAUGCUCCGAUGUUACCACAAGAAAAUAUUCCCCUUUCAGUUGAUGGUGGCCUGAUCCCCCUCUCUUUCGAGAGCUACUAAAACUAGUCUAUUAUUGUGACUUUGUGAAGUUCAAUUUCCCUCUUCUUCUCGUAAAAUUGAGCAACUGCACCAGCUCGGCUAAACUGUUCUUGUAAAACGUUUCAUUUUCUCCUUGUCGAUCCCAUUGUUUUGUAAUGUGAAAUGCAUCCUCAAGGCGCUCAAAAUUGUUCAACUGCACCAGCUCGGAUAAAUUGUUCUGUGGAACGAUUAACACAACAAUGAAUCAGUCCGAGCGAGUACGCUUUGCCUGGUAACGCAAGAUGAUUUCACCGAACGUAUUCUAAAGAGGCGCCCCUGGCCGCUUUCUUCGUUUCCUUUUGGGGUCGCUCCCAAACGGUUUCGAGUUCGUUUCCUUUUGUCCCGCGGCUCUCGGCUGAAAACCUGCUCGUGGGUUUCUUCCAGCCACUCUCAAUCGAAUCCAACUAGUAAACUACAGCGUACUGCAGCUUGGAGGGAUUGCUCCUAACUGGUGCUGUGCCA